AUGAGUAGGCCAGAGAAAUAUGGGAUUGUUCGUUACAGGGAUCUUAUUUUUCCUCAACAUGUCCAAACUGGCCGGUACCUGAGCUCAGUACAUGAGAAUUAUACGAGUGAAAUCUAUCAGAAAAAAGGAACCGUUUUGAAGUUGGUUGGGGUUAUCGUGUCCGUCUCAAACAUAACUUUACUAGAGCCCACCUCCACAGCCACUUUUUUUAGCAGUCCGGUUACCGAACAGCAAGAAGUAGCUUGCUUUGGAGAUGAUAGCGUUUCUGAUGCAAAUGAUACUUGGAGAGUGAUCAAGUUUUACAAGGAUAAUAAUGAACAUGACGAAUACGACUAUUUCUGGCGUAUUGGCCAACCUUUUAUGCUUAAGCACGAAGAGACUGAAUAUGUCCUGCAUAGCCAUAACAUCGAAAUUGAAGUUGAUCGUAACGAGGUCACAGGCUUUCGUGAAAAUGACGAUGAGAAUAGCAAAUGGAUCAUCCUGGAGUAA